GCUUGGCGGCAUUUUGGAUCUGACGGGUAUUGGUGUUAUACAAAUCGAACUUCAUCGUUCAUUCCUUUGUCUUUACUGUAUAUCGCUAUUGUUGUUCUGUCAACUUCUUUAAUCUGUUAUAUUGGUAUAACAUAUAAGAUUAAUGUGGCAAGAAGAACCACCGAUUCCGAAGUUGGUUAUUUAUUCAUUUAUAUUAUACAAUGGACACCAGUCAUGGUAUACGUCAUUGCCGAUAAUCAUCAACAUACACAAAUGUGGGGAUAUGUAAUAUGUUUCAUCUCUUUACCAUUGGGCGGAAUGCUUAACGCCUAUAGAUACAUCUGUAACGAGGGCUGGUGGACAAAAAAGGAAGUGACGGAGGUUAUCUCUGAUAAUUCUGCUAAUACCGUUCAAGUUCAAAUAGGUCUAACUACCAUUCCAAACGCCACAAAAAGUUCGAUCAAUCAAUAUGAUCCAACACAAGUUAGC